CCACUACAUCUUUUGGUUGAUGCCUUCGUGAAGAGUGAAACGGCCGGUGAAAGUGUUGGUUCUUACCGGAAAAGCGCUGCUUCUUGCUUGUAGUUUAAGGCCACGCUUGCAGCUAUGCCUAUAGUUUCGUACCAGCCCCGUGUAAGCUACAGCAACAGCUAAAUCACCCAUUCAAGCCGGCGUUUCCCUUUCAAGAUGGUUGACUCGAGUAGAGAGUAAAAGGAAGCUUGCGUGUGUGGUCUUUGAUCGAUAAAUCGACUGAACUCUCAUGGAAUACCCCCGAAACGACCCAAGACAGAGCUAUCCAGAGCUUGUUCACCAAGCACAGCUUCUGGCCAAGGAUCUUAUUUCGUAUCGACUCGGGAAAAAUCCGAAACCACCCAACGCAAAUGCAGAAACUCUACGCAAACUGGCGGACAAAAUCGAAGAACAGUAUCCCGCACUUUUAAAUCACUUGUGUCAUAAAUUGAAUAUCUCUAGAAGCACUGCGUACAGCACAUUUGUAGAAAUAGCAGGGGAAGUUUUUGCUGACGGGGUAAAUUGGGGAAGGAUCGUUGUUCUGUAUGCGUUUGGUGGUCGGUUGGCUGUAUAUUGCGAACAACAUAACAUGAAAGAUCUUGUUCAAUCAGUAACAGAUUGGGUCGGAAAAUACAUUGCCGGGCUAAGCGAAUGGAUCGCCAACGAAGGAGGAUGGGAUGGGCUUAAGGAGCAAUUCAGGGACAAUAAUACAAAUGAUACAACUUGGUGGAAGGGCGUCUUCAUCACUACACUUGGAAUUGGGACAUUAGCAGCACUGGUAUACACAAGAUGAGAUUUCUUGGAAUUUCAAAUUCUUCAAUAACAAGGUUACAGGUACAGACAAAGUUCUACUGAUAGCCUUAAUUCCUUGAUGAAAGGCAAGUCUGCUACCCAGAUUCCCCUUCUUAUGGACUAGUCAAAUAGCUUAUCUGGUCGCAGGCAAGGUCGUGCAGAUUUUUAGUUUUUACCUCACAAUCUGUAGAUAAUUUCCUCUACGUGCCUUAGCAACCAAAAUGCUUUGAGAAAAAUUAUGAGAAUCAUAGUGUAGGGAUCCAGUUGAGGUUGACAAAGUUUCCAGUGCUACUGCUAGCAGAGGCCUUUUUUUUCUUUUUGUUCAUGAAUGCCAUCCCAGAGAAAUACAACGAAAAGAGGCCUAUCUUAGCAGUGAACCAGUGCUAUGAAGUGUCCACCAUAACCGGGAGUGCACUGUACUGGGGCCAUUCUCUUGUACCCUGAUUCCUUGGUCUACCACUGUAUAUUUUGUAGCAAUGAGGGUAUUGAGAACUUCUGGGUAUGCUGUUCUAUUUAAGUGCUAUGCACAUUAAGAAUUUUUUUUAGGAAGUUAGCCAAUAAACAUUCAAGAGACAAAGUUUAUCUGAUUGACAUGGGCCUCAUCAGCCAGACAGUGACUGUCAAUAUGAAAGCUUUGAUUCUCAAAUCCUUAUUGGUUAAUAUUCUUCAAACUUUGUAUUGGUGACCAAAGUAGCGUGCAUUGCACUUUAAUGGUGGUAUUCAUGCCUUUGAAAAUAUAUUCAAAUUUAUGCAGGAAUAUGGAUAAAGAUAUUACUUUAUCUUCAGAAAGUGGUUUUCAUUUGAAAUCUACCAUGCUUGGAUUAAUAUGUAAAUUUACAUUAACCACACAGAAUACACACUACACAAAAAAUUGGAAUGUUAUAUAGCCUGUAUACAGGUUUUGUUCUUUAAAUAGUCAGUAGGCUUCCUGUGGUGCAUGGACAUGUGUGCCCUGAUGGCCUUCCUGCCUCAGAUGAGGCUAAUAGAAUAAUCCAAUACCUGCUUAUCAGCUACAUGGCUUAAAGGCCUGUGGUACUGGGAUGUAUUUGCAAAGAGGUAUUCACCUGCAAUCAAUGGCGAAAUGUCCUGUUGUCUGAGGAAAUUUCAUUGAAUUUAGACAUAAUUUCUCUUCACCAAAAAUCAUCCAAACAUAUUGCUGUCCAUUGAUAGACUUUUGGAACCCACUAUGUCACGCAGAGGAGCAACUUUGUACAGAGUGUUUGAGGGUUGGAAGAAGUGAUUGUUUCAAUGGAACCAGGAUUAAAAAUCUAAUAAUAUUUUGUUAAAUAUUCUGGGAUUUUCCCAACUUAACUGCAAUUUACCAACAAUGGCACAUUAUUCCUCGCUCUUGCAAUGAAACUCUUUCAUCCUAAUGCCCUUGAUAUAAUUUUUGGGUUUACUUUGCUAAGGCAACAACAGUUUUGCCAGGGAUUGUAGCCACAGACUGGUCUGUUAUUAGCAGACAAAUAGUAUGUUACUAACAUUGCCAGCUAUAGGUAUUUUACAUAUUUUAUAUACUUUUAAAAUUGUAGAUGGGAUAUGUUUAAAAGUAUUUAUUAACUAGGUAUUUUAAUGUAUGUUAAAAGUUAUAAUUUGCAUUUAGCGUUUACUUUAUUCUAUGGGACUAUGAUAGUAACCAGGUGCAUUUUCAGGGCAAGUUAGGGGAGGGAGGGGAUUCACUCAACCAUUUAGCAGGACUUUUGGUAGAGUGAACCCCUUUCAACCCAGGGCAUGUAGGAGACUCUGAUAGGUGCUUUAAAGUGCUGUUAACAGUCCAUAAUCAAUAAUAAGACUAAUAUAGUAACUCAUUCGCUGAACAAAUUUCCACAACAGAUAGGGUCAGGUGGGAAUACUGACCACAUAAAAAAGCAAUGAGUCGUGGUAAGGAUAGAGGUCUUGUAAAAUUCUGUGGCUACUCUACAGUGUUUGAGUACUACUUCCAGAAAGCCACCUUUCACUUCAUUCCAACAAGUCCAUAGCCAGGGAGGAAAAUUGAGUUCCACAUGAAUUGAGGAUGAGAUACCUACAGAGAAUGGUAUGCUAAAUGCGUAAACAACGCACUGCUUAUAAUCCAGGCUAUGGACCUUUUUCAAUGUAGUCAUUUGUCAGUGGAAAUAAUGUUCUAAAUUGUACUGUUUUCAUAAGAGAUUUUUACAAAGUGUUGUAGUAUAUUCAGGAGCCUUGAGACCUUCCUUUUAAAUACUCCAGUUAUUUGGAUUAUUGGUUAAAAAGACCAACAUUGAAAAUAUUGAAUGAUCUUCACUUGUUUUGGUGAGGGAUCAUGUUAAUGACAUUUGACUGGAUCUUUUUGUAUGGUACAUAAUGCAACAGUACACAUCAAGUUGUGACAGGUAAUUCAAGAAGGUGCUACCCUCUCUUGGUUCACAAGGGAGUAACCAUGUUUUUUGGGGGGACAUGUGUGUGUGUCGAGAGGGGGGGGGGGGGGGGGUAUGAAAAGAGGUGUUUCAUGUUGCAGGAUAUUUUUUACAUAUAUUGUAUUAGUAUUUUGGUGGAGGUAGUUUUCUGUUUGUUCCCUAAAUACCAUAUUUACUUGUUUAGACACCACCCCCAAAUAGACAUUAACUAUAAUAAUAUGCAUAGACAAAAAAUCUAUUCAUCACCUGACAAAUUUGUCACAUCAACUGUUCUUAGGAAAUAUGCUGCAGCUGUUAAACAUUUUAAGCAAAAAAAGAUUUUGGCAUCUACAUGAAUGAAUAUGGUAUCUAAUGGUUGGUCCACAGUACUCGGGACAUGGUUGAUUUUGGGUUACCUGUCAUAAGGUUGAAUACAUUGUCAUCUUAUUCAUGGAAGAGGCAUAUUGAUGCCCCUCAAGAAACUACGUACAUUGUAACCAUUAUAUGGUAAUGAAUUAUUUGUAGUCCUUAUAGGUUACCAUGGGUGCCAGAGGUUAUGCCAACACUGGACAAAGGUGUCACAGAGGAAUGCUAAGAGGUGGUAGUUGCACCUUGUUUCUUGGCUUAGAAGUUCGGCUAGCAUCUGGUUCCCAGGUAUAGGUUUAUUUACAAUUAUUCCUGUUCACAUGAGUUUAGUGCUCUGUAUUGCAAGUUUAGUUGUGAUUGUUAUUGAAAUAAAUGGUAAUAAAAUUGAUUAGAAUCCA